CUCACGCUCAGCUGACCGCAUGACGUCACUCAGGUGCUCUGGGCGCGCGGGGGAAAGCAGCCGUUUUUUUAGGAGGAGCCGCGCCCUCCGUCGCUCAGUUUCUGUCCGCAGCCAUGGGUGCCGGGUCGCGGUGGCUUCAGCUGCUUCUGCUGCUGUGCUGGACGCAGACGAGCCUGACGGGGAACAAUGCCACCGAAACCAGAGGCCUCCCAGGAGUGGAAACAAAUGCAGGUGUGAUACUGGGACCCGUAGCCCUGGGGGUCCUGAAGAGCCGCCUGACCACAGUCUUCCUCCCGAUCAUCUACAUCAUCGUCUUUGCUGUGGCGCUGCCCACCAACGCCUUGGCGCUCUGGGUGUUCCUCUUCAGAAUCAAGAGCAAGCACCCGUCUUCCAUCUACAUGGCCAACCUGGCCCUUGCCGACCUCAUGUUUGUCGUCUGGAUCCCGCUAAAAAUUGCGUACCACUUCAACGGCAACAACUGGACCUUCGGCGAUGGGUUCUGCGAGGUUCUGGUGGGGUUUUUCUACGCCAACAUGUACGGCUCCAUCGCCUUUAUCGCCUGCAUUAGUGCCCAGCGCUACUGGGCCGUGGUGGAUCCUCUGUCGAAGCGCAUGAGGAGCAACCGCAUUGCCAUUUUGGUGUCAACCGUCAUCUGGGUGACGAUCUGGCUCCUCACCAUCCCCCUCUACAUGUACGACCAGACGGUCUCCGUGAUCGGCCUAAACAUCCUCACCUGCCACGACGUCACCAAGCUCAGCCAAAGAAGUAUAGCUGCGGGCUACUUUGUGACAAUGGGAUUGGUGGGGUUUGUGCUUCCCACUGUGGUGUGCGUCGUCUCCUACAUCUUCAUGCUCAAGGCUCUCAGGAACACCAUGGCCGAUCCGACCAUCGCCAAGAAGCGCCAGAAGGCAGUGGUCUUGAUCAUCACCGUCCUGGUCAUGUUCAUCGUCUGCUUUGCCCCCAGUAACAUCAUGCUGCUGGUGCACUACACCCUCCUGCUGGGGGAGACGGAGAACACGCUGUACGGGUUCUACCUCACCACGCUGUGCCUGGCCAGUAUGAACAGCUGCCUGGACCCUUUCAUCUACUACUUCAUCUCCGAGGACUUCAGGGAGCAUGUGAAGAACACGUUCCUGUGCAGGAGCGAGAGGACAGUGGGCAGGAUGAAAGUCUCCUUCAGUGCCAUGAAGUACUCCAGGAGGAACAACACGUACACGUCUUCGGUCACCAAGAACACGCAGAGCUCUGAAAUCUAGAAGACCCCCGGGCAGGUGCUUUCCGCUAAUCCGACCUACAUCUGCGACAAGGACUUUACUGAAUUGAUACAUGUCGGUUUUUUUAACUUUUAGCAAUAUCGUGCUUUCAUUUUUAUUCUAAUGUGUUUUUAAAGUUAUUUUUUGAGAUGAAUGUACUUUUAACCCUGACAAGAAGCUGUGAUACGUACCCUUUUAAACAAAUGAUGCAGAAUAAACGUUUUUUUUUUUGAAAUUAUAGGUCAUUUUGUAUAAGGUCAUGAAAUAUUUUCCAUUUCUCAUAUUUAUAUGCUAUUUAGUAGAUGUCUGGACACAUUUUAAACACUUCAUUAUUAUUUUUUUAGUUAAAAUUUAGGAUGAAGGAUCAACAUGCAAUCCUCUUGUAUAAAAACAAAACAAAUAAACAUCAAAUUUACAGAAUAA